AUCACAUGGGAACAACUACCAGAGCUAAGCGCAUAUCAUUAAUAUUUCUAAGGGGACAAACAAGUGGUACUUGAGUUUGGUUUCUUUUUCUUUUUUUUCUCUGUUCUGAAGUAAGCUUUGGUUUUGCUUGAAAAUGGAGUUGAAGUCCGAGAUCCAAAUUCCAAGAGUGAAACUGGGAAGCCAAGGGUUGGAGGUUACUGUAUUGGGGUUUGGGUGUAUGGGACUUUCUGGAUUAAUAAACGCUCCUUUAUCUCAUGAAGCUGGAUGUUCUGUUAUAAAGGAAGCUUACAAGAGGGGUAUAACCUUCUUUGAUACAUCAGAUGCAUAUGGACAGAAACAUGACAAUGAAAUCAUGGUUGGCAAGGCUCUCAAGCAGCUUCCAAGAGAAAAGAUUCAACUAGCAACAAAGUUUGGUUUUACCAUAUCAGAGGAUGGUGAGUUUGGUGUCAGAGGCACUCCUGAAUAUGUUCGGAAAUGCUGCGAAGCUAGUCUUAAGCGGCUUGAUGUUGAGUACAUUGAUCUGUAUUACCAACAUCGAGUUGACACUUCAGUGCCAAUAGAGGAUACUAUGGGGGAGCUAAAGAAGCUAGUAGAGGAAGGAAAAAUUAUGUACAUUGGGUUAUCAGAACCUAGUCCAGAUACAAUAAGAAGAGCUCAUGCUGUUCAUCCCAUCACUGCCCUGCAAAUGGAAUACUCUCUCUGGACCCGUGAAAUUGAAGACGAUAUAAUUCCCCUUUGUCGAGAGCUUGGAAUUGGGAUUGUUGCAUAUAGUCCUCUUGGUAUUGGAUUCUUUGGUGGUAAGGCAGUUGUAGAGAGCCUGCCUAAUGAGAGUGUGUUGAGUUCAAAUCCAAGGUUCACAGGAGAGAAUUUAGAGAAGAACAAAGUCCUAUAUGCAAGACUUGCUAACUUGGCUGUGAAGCAUGGUUGCACACCUUCCCAAUUGGCUUUAGCAUGGGUUUUCCAUCAGGGAAAAGACAUAAUCCCAAUCCCUGGUACAACUAAAGUUCAUAACUUAGUGAACAAUAUCGGAUCAUUGGCAGUGAAGCUUACAGAGGAGGAUUUGCAAGAAAUCUCCGAUGCUGUGCCGGUCAACGAAGUAGCCGGAGAAAGAGAUGAGCCUUUCAUUUUAAAAUAUGAAUGGAAGCAUGCAAAUACGCCCAUCAAAACAAUUUCAGAUUAGUAGAGAAAUAGACAAAAGCUUCAUGUAUUUUUCCGCUUUGCGCACUUUCAUUUACUGUGUGUUUUUGCUUUUCCCUGUGUUUGUUUUUUCGUUUCAGAUGUUGAUGAUUUGUAUUGUGUAAUCUAAAAAACAAAGAUUUUAAUUCCUUGAGAACUUGAACCAUUACUACUUAA